AUGUUCCGGCCGGUUGUUUCCGUUUCCUUCUCUCCCAAUGGUGCACGCAUUGCCUCUGCGGGCCACGCACUCGACGGAAUCCGUAUAUGGAACGCGGAGACCGGAAAGGAAAUCCUAAUGCCAUUACUGGGGCACGCGGACUACGUCAACUCUGUCGCAUUUUCCCCAGACGGAAAGCGUCUUGCCUCGGGCUCGUAUGACAGAACCGUCCGACUGUGGGACGUGGAGACGGGGCAGCAGAUCGGGGAGCCGCUCCGAGGGCAUACAGGCAGUGUGAACAGUGUCGCCUUCUCACCCGACGGCAGACGCAUUGUCUCGGGCUCAGGCGACGGUACACUCCGACUUUGGGAUGCGCAGACGGGACAGGCUAUCGGCGACCCUUUGCGAGGUCAUGACGUCACGAGCGUCGCAUUUUCACCCGCUGGGGAUCGCAUCGCCUCUGGAUCCGGCGACCACACGAUCCGACUCUGGGACGCCGGGACAGGGAAACCAGUCGGGGAUCCGCUUCGAGGCCACGAUAGCUGGGUUGGAUCAGUCGCAUAUUCUCGCGAUGGCACGCGCAUCGUCUCAGGGUCCUCCGACAAUACAAUCCGGAUCUGGGACGUGCAGACGAGAAAGACGGUGUUGGAGCCAUUGCAAGGGCACGCCGGCUAUGUCUUAUCCGUCGCAUUCUCGCCGGAUGGCAAGUACAUCGUCUCCGGCUCCGACGAUGGCACCAUCCGGAUAUGGGACGCGCAGACGGGUCAGACGGUGGUGGGGCCGUUGGAAGCGCAUGAUGGCUGGGUCUUGUCCGUUGCAUACUCCCCGGACGGCAAGCACGUUGUCUCUGGCGGCUGGGGCGGUCUGGUGAAGGUAUGGGAUACAGAAGUUGAGUAG